AUGGUGGAAGGACCAGGCUGUACCCUGAAUGGAGAGAAAAUUCGGGCGCGGGUGCUUCCGGGUCAGGCGGUGACCGACGUGCGGGGAAGCGCCCUGCAGAGCCUGGCGGGCCCCGCCCUGCCGCGCGCGGCUCCUGGGGCUGGGGCCUCUUCCCAGGCAGCUGCACUGAAUGAUAAUAGAGAAGCCAACCAGAAUUUCUUGAGACUGUUUAAUGGAUACGUUUACAGUGGCGUGGAAACUUUGGGGAAGGAGCUCUUUAUGUUCUUUGGGCCAAAAGCCUUACGGAUUCAUUUUGGAAUGAAUGGCUCCAUCAUGAUUAAUCCACUUCAGUAUAAAAAUAAAAAUGGAGUUCCUCCUGUUUUUGAAAUGCAACUCACCAAGGAUUUGAUUUGUUUCUUUGACUCUUCAUUAGAACUCAGAAACUCAGUAGAAAGCCAACAGAGAAUAAGAAUGAUGGAAGAAUUAGAUGUAUGUUCACCUAAAUUUAAUUUCCCAAGAGCAGAAAGUGAAGUUAAAAAGCAGAAAGGCCGGAUGCUAUGUGAUGUGUUAAUGGAUCAGAGAGUGUUGCCCGGAGUAGGGAACAUCAUCAAAAAUGAAGCUCUCUUUGACAGUGGUUUCCACCCAGCUGUUAAAAUUUGUCAGUUAACAGAUGAACAGACCCAUCACCUUGUGAAAAUGAUACGUGAUUUCAGCAUUCUGUUUUAUAGGUGCCGUAAAGCAGGAUCUGCUGUCUCUAAACAUUAUAAAGUUUACAAGCGUCCUAAUUGUGGUCAGUGCCACUGCAAAAUAACUGUGUGUCGCUUAGGGGAGAAUAACAGAAUGACAUAUUUCUGUCCUCACUGUCAAAAAGAAAAUCCUCAACAUGUUGACAUAUGCAAGCUGCCAACUAGAAAUACUUUAAUCAGUUGGAUGUCUAGCAGGGGAGAUCUUAUGGAUUCUGUGGCUCGGAAAUCUGAAGAGCAGUGGACCUGUGUGGUCUGUACACUGAUAAAUAAGCCCUCUUCUCAGGCAUGUGAUGCUUGCUUAACCUCAAGGCCUAUUGAUUCAGUGCUCAAGAAUGAAGAAAAUUCUAUUGCCUUUAACAACUUGGUGAAGUACCCUUGUAAUAACUUUGCAAAACCACAUACAGAAGUGAAGAUUAACAGGAAAACUGCAUUUGGAACUACAACCCUUGUCUUGACUGAUUUUAGCAAUAAAUCCAGUACUUUGGAAAGAAAAAAAACCCAAGAUCAGAUACAAGAUGGGGAAAUUCAAAACUUUCCUCCUAGUAACGUGUGUUUUGGUGAUACACAGCACUCCCACAAGGAGAGAAGAAAUUACAUAGCUAAACUAUCUGACAAAGUAAAUGUAUCACCUAUGAUCUGCUCUCAGUCUAAAUUAUUUAGUCCAGAACUUAAAAAAUUGAAAACAACCCACUACUCAUCACCAGAUCUGAAAAGUUGCAACACUGGAUUUUCUAACAGUGAACUUCAAAUUAAUAUGACAGAUGGUCCUUGUACCUUAGAUGCUGGCAGUCCUCGCUGCAGUAAACACAACCGCCUCUGCGUUCUCCGAGUUGUGAGGAAGGGUGGUGCAAACAAGGGCAGGCAGUUUUAUGCUUGUCCUCUAUCUGGAGAAGCACGGUGUGGAUUUUUUGAAUGGGCAGAUUUGUCCUUCCCGUUCUGCAACCAUGGCAAACGCUCCAUCAUGAGAACAGUGUUGAAGAUUGGACCUAACAAUGGAAAGAAUUUUUUUGUAUGUCCUCUUGGGAAGGAAAAACAGUGCAGUUUUUUCCAGUGGGCAGAAAAUGGGCCAGGAAUAAAAAUUAUUCCAGGAUGCUAA